ACACCCUUGCCAGCUUACGAUGGGGCCUGGGGCACUCCUCUCAGAUUGGCCAAGCGCUACAGUCAAGACUGGGCAUUCCUGUUGUACUGGCGCUGGGAGGUUUCGAAAGGCCCUGUGACAGGGGACACAGCUCUCCCAUGUGUUGCUGCCCUGGGCCCACUGCCUGCCUUCCAGGCCUCAGCAGGCCCUCCUUCUAGUCUCCUGUUCAGCCUCUGAUGACAAGUUGUCCUGUGGGCAUCUCUAGGCCCAAGAAGGGAGAGCAGCGCUGGGUGGUCCUCCCCUGUAGGCGCUGCACAUCGUUCCUGGCUUCUGAGGACAGCCUCAUGGCUCCGGCUAAGGUACCUGGGACCUGCCUGCUCACCAUUCGUGUCCUGCAGGCCCGUGGGUUGCCCUCCAUGGACCUAGUGACCCCCUCUGACUGCUAUGUGACACUGUGGCUGCCCACGGCCUCUAGCCACAGGUUCCAGACACGCACAGUCAAGAACAGCAGCAACCCCAUCUGGAAUCAGAGCUUUCACUUCCGCAUCCACAGUCAGCUCAAGAACAUUGUGCAGCUGCAAGUCUUUGACCAGGACUUCCUGACCAGCGAUGACCCCAUGUUGUCAGUGCUGUUCGAUGUGGGGACAUUGCGGGCCGGGGAGUUCCGCCGUGAGAGCUUCUCACUGAACCCUCAGGGUGAGGAGCAGCUGGAAGUUGAAUUUUGGCUGCAGAGCCUGAUGGACUGUGCCGAGCACCUUGUCAGCAAUGGCAUCCUGGUGGCCCGGGAGCUCUGCUGCUUGCAUGUUCAGCUGGAGGAGGCAGAGGAUCAGAAGGAGUCCAAGGGCAGAGUUCAGCUUGCGGUUCCUGGGUCCUUUGAGGGUCCACAGGAGGCCUCAGUGGGUGCUGGCUCUUUCUGCUUCCACUGCCCGGCCUGCUGGGAGCAAGAGCUGAAUGUUCACGUGCAGGAUGCCCCCCAAGAGCAACUGAAGGUGCCCCUGAGGGCCCUGCCCUUUGGCCAAGUGGUGAGGUUCGUCUUCCCCAUGUCCCAGGAGCCCCUGAUGAGGGUGAAGCUGAAUAAAGAACAAGGACCGAGGGAUCUGGCUGUGCGGCUUGGCUGUGGGCCCUGUGCCGAGGAGCAGGCCUUCCUGAGCAGGAGGAAGCAGGUGGUGGCCAGGGCCCUGACGCAGGCCCUGCAGCUGGACGGAGACCUGCGAGAGGACGAGAUCCCGGUGGUAGCUGUCAUGGCCACUGGUGGUGGGAUCCGGGCAAUGACUUCCUUGUAUGGGCAGCUGGCCGGCCUGAGGGAGCUAGGCCUCUUGGAUUGCAUCUCCUACAUCACGGGGGCCUCAGGCUCCACCUGGGCUUUGGCCAACCUCUAUGAGGAUGCAGAGUGGUCUCAGAAGGACCUGUCAGGGCCCACUGAGUCGCUGAGGACCCAGGUGACUAAGAGCAAGCUGGGCGUGCUGGCCCCCAGGCAGCUGUGGCGCUACCGGCAGGAGCUGGCCGAGCGUGCUCGCCUGGGCUAUCCGACCUGCUUCACCAACCUGUGGGCCCUCAUCAAUGAGGCACUGCUGCAUGAUGAGCCCCAUCACCACAAACUCUCAGACCAGAGGGAGGCCCUGAGUCGUGGCCAGAACCCUCUGCCCAUCUACUGUGCCCUCAACACCAAGAGGCAGAACCUGACCACCUUUGAAUUUGGGGAGUGGUGUGAGUUCUCCCCCUACGAGGUCGGCUUUCCCAAGUACGGCGCCUUCAUCCCCUCUGAGCUCUUCGGCUCCGAGUUCUUCAUGGGGCGGCUGAUGAAGCAGCUUCCUGAGCCCCGCAUCUGCUUCCUGGAAGGUAUCUGGAGCAACCUAUAUGCAGCCAACCUUGAGGACAGUUUAUACUGGGCCUCAGAGCCCAGCCAGUUCUGGGACCACUGGGCACAGGAUCGGGCCGGCUUGGAAAAGCAGCAAGUCCCCCUUCUGAAGAUAGAAGAGCCUCCCUCAGCGGCUGGCAGGAUAGCUGAGUUUUUCACUGACCUUCUGACACAGCGCCCACUUGCCCAGGCCACCCACAAUUUCCUUCGUGGCCUCCAGUUCCAUAAGGAUUAUUUCCAGAAUCCUUAUUUCUCCUCCUGGAAAGCUUCCAAACUGGAUGGGCUCCCCAACCAGCUGACACCUGCAGAGCCCUACCUUUGCCUUCUGGAUGUUGGCUACCUUGUCAACACUAGCUGUCCACCCCUCCUGCGACCCACUCGGGAUGUGGACCUCAUCAUUUCGCUGGACUAUAACCUGGGUGGAGCCUUUCAGCAGCUGCAGCUCCUGGGCCAGUUCUGUCAGGAGCAGGGUAUUCCAUUCCCGCCCAUCUCGCCUGGCCCUGAGGAGGGGCACCAGCCGCGGGAGUGCCAUCUGUUCUUGGACCCCGACCACCCCAAAGCCCCUGCUGUGCUGCACUUCCCCCUGGUCAAUGACACUUUCCGGGAGUACUCAGCGCCUGGGGUCCAGCGCACAGCUGAGGAGGCGGCGGCUGGUGAGGUGAACCUGUCUUCAACUGACUCCCCGUACCACUACUCGAAGGUGACCUACAGCCAGGAGGACGUGGACAAGCUGCUCCACCUGACACAUUACAAUAUCUCCAACAACCGGGAGCAGCUGCUGGCGGCCCUGCGUGAGGCCGUGCAGCGGCGGAGGCGGCGUGGGCAGCACCGGCCGGAGUGAGGGUGCAGCAGGGGACGAUGCCCUGGCCUCGGCUCCCACCCAGCCCCCAUGGCCCCAGCUCUUUUUUUCAGGCUCACUCCCAGUCUGCUGGCUGCUCUGGUUGAGUUGGGGUGGAGAACUGUAGGGGUCUGAGGGAUGUAGUCUCUCUGUACACCCCCCCCAUGUGACCCUGAAGCCACCAGCAGCCCCGCUACAGACACCCCCGGAUAGGCCCUCCGCAGGCCAGGAGGGAGGCGCUGUCUCAUUGGCUACCAGCUGCAGGGCUUACUGGGGCCUGGCCUGUGUUGCCGGCUGGGGAGGGCUUCCUCUUCGAGUAAGGAGAGGAUUCAGGGGUUCUGUGGCAGCCAGGGGCAGAGACGGGGUUAGCCCAGAGCACUGUUGGCUGUAUUUACAUACGCUCUCAGAGCCCAGUGAUUUCUUUCCUUGCUACCUGAGUAACUACUUUAUAUAUUACAGAGUCACAUACAAACGUGUGGUGCUGAGAUCGUCACUCCAGGCUCUUAGAUACACAUGGCAAGGACUGGUUUGAGAAAUACAGUACCUCCCCAGGUACCUUACAGAGUUAGCAAGUCAGCACGGGCCUUCCCAUGAAGAGCAGGCCAUCUACCCCACUCAGGCCCCAUCCCUGACCCCAGCUCCAAGCAGGGAGGCAGGGAGGAGGCUGGCUUGGCCUGGGCUCCCCACUGCUGUGGCCCUGGCCCUGCUCCUGCCCAGGCGAGCAGAUUCUCAGGCACUGUCAGUCAGCACCCCUGUCCUCACCCAGGUGGGGACAAGGGGCAGGGCUGCUUCCUGUCCCAUGGCAGAGGUGGCCAAACCCGUGACCAAAUGAGCCAAAGAAAGAAACCAGUGCCAAUGGUGUGACUUUGGCAAGCUGCAGCCUUGGUGGGGCCUGUCCCCAAACAAGGAAGCAUCUCUUGCAGAGGUUGGUCCUGAGGGGCCUGAAUCCUGUUCUGGUCACUAAAGGGUGUCCUUGCUUGUAGUGCUGAGAUUUGGUGCUGACUCAGAGUUCACUUCAGGGCCCAGGCCUGUUGGGAGAACAGAUAGGCAGAGUGAAUUUAGGGCCUAGCUGCCCCAGAAUCUUCUUCAAGCACUGGUGCCCCAGGCCUCUGGCCUCCCUUGGACUAGCCCACCUCCUGCUAACAUUGAUGGGAGGUGUGGAAAAGGAAGCCGACAGGCAGCUUGUAGGAGUGGCCGUGGUGUGUGGGGUGGGCUGGAGACGGUUGGGUUCAGGACCCAUCUCACUACAUUUGUCAGCUCUGGGCAUGUGGCUAGAAGUUGUGGUAACUUUAGAAGCUACUGCGUCCAGGAUGAGAGCCGUUUACUCAGCAAUACAUCAUCUGAAUUGUGAAUUGGAACUCUGGGGCCCUGCACGAGUGGGAGUGCAUAAUUACAAAUUUCACCAGAGACCAUGACUGGGGCUGCCACCUGCGACCACUGAAUGCUCCUCAGGCAUGAGGCGGUGUGGCGUCUCCGUGUGGGUGUGCAGGUUGCAGGUUGUAUCUCUGUGCAGGUUUGUGUGUGUAAAUGAGACAGUGUGGGUCUUGGAUUCUGUGUGUAUUUGGAUGACAUCCUGGCUCCUGGCCCUUUCUAGGGUGGGUAAGGCUCCCUUUCCCCACGGAGCAGGUCGGGGUCCCUGCACUGGGGGAAGUGGAGGGGAUGAAAGGGGAGAGGAAGGGCAGGAACAAGGGUGCAGGAGGGCUCUGGCUGUCCUGCAAGAAGGCUCCAUUUUGCAGAGGAAGAGGAGAGCAAGGACUGAGGGAUGUGUGGGCCCUAGGUGGAGCCAGGCAAGUGUUCUAGCAUUUGCAGAGGGAAACGGGGGUACCCCUCACCUUGGGUCUCCCCUGAGCUGGAAAGGCGGUGGGAACCUUGGGCAGUUUCCUUUGCAGAGACAGCCAUCUGCAGGAACUCCAAGGGCUGCAAGGGGCUAUCAGUGCACACAGGUGGCUUCCUCAGCCAGCAGGGUGGGGGACAGCUGUGGAAUUGGGGGAAAGGGAGCCUUGUGGCCUGGAGGCUGUUGUCCGUGCUGAGUAAGCAGGGGUUUGCAUCAGACAGGGUGGAUGCUAGGAUUUGCUAUUUCUCAGGGGUAGUGGAGGCUCUUGAAUGGGGGUGGGGGUGUGGAUUACCCCACACCCGGCACUGUAGGUCUGAGUCCCAGGACCCUGGGCUUAAGAGGUCAGUAUCUAUGCCAGUCGUGGAGGCUCAGGACUCUCUUGCCCAUCUACAUACCCAGGUGCCCUACCUGAGCAAAGUGGCUGUGAAGGGUACCCUCUCAGCAGCACGCUUAGCUGGGAAACCUAUAGGUUGAGCUCUGAGCUCUGGGCUCAGACUGUGAGCUGCCGAGCAAAGAAAGAACCAUUAGCCUUGGCCCAGAGGCAAGGUUAACUCCCUGCAUGAUCCUGUCCCCCUGAAAUCCUAGCCCCAAAGUAAUGGUGUUGGGAAGAGGGGCCUCUGGUAAGCAGUUAGGUCCCCAGUGUGGAGCCCUUAUACAAGAGACCCUAGAGAGCAACCUCGCCCUUCUAAUGUGUGGAUACGGUAAGAGGGCAGCUGUCUGCAACCUGGUACCUUGAUCUUGGACUUCCAGCCUCCAGAACUGAGAAAUAAGCAUCUGUGUUUAUAACCUACCA